GUUAAGUACCUCAGACCCAUUUUGCCCUGGAGUCUUAUUUGUAAGAGUAGCUACGUCAGCACGUUUCGGCGUGAGACGGUGAUAUUCCGGCGAGUUAGAACAGCUUCCGGCGGAGUCUGGAUGUUGAUGUCCUGCAUCUGAUGCGUUGUUGCGCUCGAAAGUGAGCGAGCUCCGGAGGAGUGCGGAGGAAUUCAAGUGUUUGGUGCGGUAACUUCAUCAGCCCGCCAAGAUGGCGAUGCAAGCGGCCAAGAGGGCGAACAUUCGACUUCCACCAGAAGUAAAUCGGAUUUUGUAUAUAAGAAAUUUGCCUUACAAAAUCACAGCUGAAGAAAUGUAUGAUAUAUUUGGGAAAUAUGGACCUAUUCGUCAAAUCAGAGUGGGGAACACACCUGAAACUAGAGGAACAGCUUAUGUGGUCUAUGAAGACAUCUUUGAUGCCAAGAAUGCAUGUGAUCACCUGUCAGGAUUCAAUGUUUGUAACAGAUACCUUGUGGUUUUGUACUAUAAUGCCAACAGGGCAUUUCAGAAGAUGGACACAAAGAAGAAGGAAGAACAGUUGAAGCUUCUUAAGGAGAAAUAUGGCAUCAACACAGAUCCACCAAAGUAAAUGUUUUCUGCAUUUUCACUUUGGACUAAAACCCAUGAAUGACCACCACUAUUUUUUUUUUCUUUAAAUGCUGAAUAUUGUGAUUUCUUAUUUGAGAUUGAAAAAGACCCACUUGAAACUGAUAUAUGUUAGAAUACAUUAUGUUAAUAAACUUGUAGCUUUGG